UACGUGUUGACCCACAAAUUCUCAAAGAAGCUGUGAACAAGGUAUUGGAGGGAAAUACGAUCAAAGGUACUGCCAAAGUGUAUAACGUCCCAAUAAUGACACUCAAAAGACAGUCCCAAGUCUUCACUAAAGAAGAGGAGUUGCAUUUAGCCAAGUACCUAGAAAAAGCUAGCAAACUCCAUCAUGGGUUAUCUUCUCUGUGUGUUCGGCAGCUAGCAUAUCAGUUGGCUAUUCAAAACCAAAAGGCAGAUGAGAAAAUAUGUAAAUGGGCCAAUAAUAUUGCGUCGUACGAUUGGUUCUAUGGCUUUAUGAAAAGAAAUACACAAUUGUCACUACGUGUACCUGAAGCGACCAGCCUGAGUAGAUCGACUAGCUUCAAUAAACAUAACAUUGGCUGUUUCUUUGAAAAUUUACAAAAACUAUUGGUUAAGUAUCAUUUUGGACCGGAAGCUAUCUGGAACAUUGACGAGACGGGGCUGAGUACUGUACAUAAACCUAAGAAAAUUGUUGCUACUAAAGGUGUAAAGCAAAUAGGGAAGAUGACACCAGGUGAACGUGGUGAAUUGGUAACUGCGUGCUGUGCUACAAAUGCAAUGAGAGGAUACAUUCCUCCAUUCCUGAUCUUUCCACGCAAGAACUGGCAAGAUCGUAUGUUGAACGGUGCACCUGCAGGUACAAAUGCGAGCGUAUUUCCUUCAGGCUGGAUGACUGCUGAGAAUUUUAUAAAAUUUUUACAACAUUUUAAAAAAUACACCAAAUGUUCAGUUGAGUGUCCGAUGUUGAUUAUAAUGGAUAAUCAUGACAGUCAUAUAAGCAUAGAAUCAUUAAACUUCGCUAAAGAGAAUGGUAUAAGUCUAUCGACAAUACCUCCCCACACGUCUCAUAACAGUGUUUGGACCACUCAAAGCCUAUUAUGAUACUGCUUGUAGCGAUUGGAUGGACCAGAAUCCUGGCAAAACUAUAACGAUUUAUGAAACAUCGGAAUUACUUGGGAAAGCAUUUCCAAAAGCUUUUACACCUCAGAAUACUCUGAGUGGAUUUCGAGUAACUGGGAUUUAUCCCUUCAAUAAAGACAUUUUCACCGAUGAUGAAUUUCUCUCGUCGUAUGUUACGGACAGGCCUUUAGUUACUGAAACAAAUCCAGAACGCACUGAUGAGAAUGACCAAUCACAAAACUGUGAGCUUUUGUCUCCACAACGGUCAGCUUCAACAUCAAUUCUAUCUGAUGCAACAUUAACACGUCAAGACCUUGAAAUUAACCAGAAAGAACCUGAAAAUACCACACAAGAUGCGAUUAUACCGGAACAAUUCACAUCAGACUCUGUCAAUCAAAAUGAGAUCCUGAUAUCUAGUACACACAAAACUCCUACAAAGAGAGCUGCUCCAUCAAGUCCACAACCAGGUUGUUCGAAAAUGUUGAAAUGUUUUAAGACUCCUGAGGAAAUAAAACCAUUCCCGAAAGCUGGUUGCCGAAAGGUAACCCAGAAAGGUCGUAAAAAAGGAUCAACAAAAAUCCUGACUGAUACACCUGAAAAAGAAAAGUUGGUUGAGGAACUAUUAAUAAGAAGAGAAAAAAUGAACAAAAAGAUAAAUAAACCAGUCGACAAAAAGGUGAAUAGAGGUAAACGGAACUUAAAAGGGUUUACGCAAAAGGAAAAAUCUUCAUCGGAAGAUAAUAAUGAAUUUCCUCCAUCACCACAUUCCACUUAUGAUAUGUCUGAAGAUGAAAAUGAUGACGAAUAUGAUAUUUCAUCUAGUUGUGAAUCUGAAGAUGAUCGUGGAAAUGACAUGACACCAGAAACUUACGAUUGGGUUAUUGUCAAUUUAAUAUCAAUGAAAAAUUUGGUACAUCGUUAUGUUGGACAAAUUCAGUCUGUUACAGAUUCUGGUUACAUUAUAAAAUUUGCAAAAAAAAUUGACGACAAUAAAUUCAAGUGGCCUCUAAAAGACGAUGUUGCUGAAGUGGCUAGAUACCAAAUAGUAAAAAAAAAAUAAAUCCACCUGA